AGACAGCUUCAAAAUGGCUACCAAUGAACUACAGUGCGUAAAUUGUUUAGAUAUUUGGAAAGAUGAUGAAUCUGUAUUUCUGUUUUGUCAACAUGUGAUUUGUUUAAAAUGCAUAGAUAGAUUAGAAAGAAGAAAUUUUGAAAUUAUUUGUCCUCAGUGCAUAGAAACUGGAAGAAUACCUGGAAAUCAGGUAAACAAAUUACCAAAAAGUUUUUUUAAACCUUCAAUACAACUACCGCCAUCUAUAGGCAAUAAUUUGUGUAAAAUUCAUCAAGAGGAAUUAUUACUCUAUUGUCAAACUGAAAAUAUUGAAAAUAUAUGCCUAAAAUGUUUAGAUAAAGAUCAUAAAAAUUGCAAAAUUUUUUCAAUGUCAAAAUUUGAAAGCAGAAAACAACAAAUUGAAAAUUUCCUUAAAGAAGAAACAGAGAAUGAAGAAAAUCUUCAAAGAAAAAUUGAUGAACACGAGAAAAAAGCAACAGCAAAACUUCAAAAUGAAUUUCAAAAUAUUAGAAAAAUCAUUAAAAAUACAAAUAAAACAAGACAGAAAUAUUAUAAUUCAAUUUUUAAUGAAAAUAUUGAAGUUGAAGAUUUUUUACAUAAUUUUAAAAAGUUAGAAAUACAAAUUGUUGAAAAUAUACAAAUAAAUUGCCAUAUUCAAAAUAAUUCCAAUGUUAUGAAAAGUAUUGAUAUUGCUGGAAAUUUAUUGGAAAUUCAAACGGAAAAUUCCUGUCAGCAGACUGAUGAAGAUAAAAUAAAAAAUUCAUCAAAUUUGAUUGACUUGUCAAAGAGAUUUGUUGGAGAGAAAGAAUUGAGAAUAAUCUGGAAAACUAUACAACUUUCUAAGCAUAAAACAGUAAAUGUUAAUUUGGAGAAUUGCUGCAAUUUAGAAAAGGAAUUGAGCAUUAAAAUUGGAAAUCUCUUGAAACAUUGCUCAACCAUUGAAAGUAUCAAUCUUGGAUAUAAUAAAACAAUGGAUAAUGGAUUUUUUAACAUUUGCAAUGGACUUGAACAAUCAUUCAAUACUUUGAAAAAUAUCAACCUUUUUAGUUGUAAUUUGAAUGAUGAACAAAAUAGAAUGGUUGGAAAAUUGUUUAAAAAAUGCUCUCAAUUAGAGACAAUUCAUCUUGGUGGAAAUCUAAUGAUGGAAAAUGGAUUAUUACAGAUUUGCGAUGGACUUGAACAAGCUGUGAGCACUUUGAAGGAUUUGAAUUUUAUUUGGUGUAAUUUAAAUGAAGAACAUUGUAAGCAUAUUGGCAAACUACUCAAACGUUGUUCAAAAAUUGAAACCAUUAAUAUCGGAGGAAAUGAAAAUAUGGGAAAUGGUCUAUCAAAUAUUUGCAAUGGACUCGUCCAAUCAUCGAAUUCUUUAAAACAUGUGAUAUUUUUCUGGUGUAAUUUAAAUGAAAAUGAAUGUAAAAUGAUUGGAAAUCUAUUUGAAAAUUGUUCAAAUAUAGAAACAAUCAAUUUUGAAUGGAAUCAACAAAUGGGAAAUGGAUUAUUUGAUAUUUGUAAAGUACUCCUUCAAUCGUCAAAUUCUUUAAAAGAGAUAAAUUUUCUUUGGUGUGAUCUGAAUGAGCAACAAUGCAGAAAGAUUGGAAAAUUGUUUGAAUAUUGUUCCAACAUUGAAAAAAUCCAUUUUGGAGGUAAUGGAAAUAUGGGAAAUGGAUUAUUUGAUAUUUGCAGCGGACUCGUUCAAUCUGCAAACAAUUUGAGGGUUGUUAACUUUCUAGACUGCAAUUUAAAUGAAGAAGAAUGCAGAAUAAUUGGAAAUCUUUUGAAAAAUUGCUCCAGAAUAGAAGUAAUAAAUUUAAAACGAAAUCAACAGAUGGGAAAUGGAUUAUUUGAAAUUUGCAGUGGACUUAUCAAAUCCUCCAGUCAUUUGAAGGAAAUGGAUUUUCUCGGUUGCAAUCUAAAUGAAGAACAGUGUAAACAAAUUGGAAAUCUGUUAAAAUAUUGUUUUAAAUUAGAGAUAAUUAAUUUAAAACGAAAUCAACAGAUGGGAAAUGGAUUAUUUGAUAUUUGCAGUGGACUUGUUCAAUCUGCAAACGCUUUAAAGGAAAUUAAUUUCCUUGGUUGUAAUUUGAAUGAGGAGGAAUGUAAAAGAGUUUUGAACAUGUUUAAAAAUUUCUCAAAAAUUCAAAUAGAAUUUUAA